UCAUUUCUAAGAUUUCUUUGGUGAUUCUUUCUUGUACUCGGUUGUCUUGAGACUUUGUCUUUUCAAUUAAAUACAUCAUUGAAAAUCAUCAUCAUCAUCUAAAAUGCAUUAUUGAAAAGGUUUUGAAUUCUAACUGUUGGCUGCCUAAAUUGGUGGUUUUUAUCCGACUGUGAAUUUGCCCAUGCUGGAAUCCCUCAUCCUUGCGUCACCGACGUUUAUGUACUUAAUAUUAGGCAACAGCGUCAGCGAUGCAGGGACUUGUGUUUCGGUUUGGGUUUGGGUUUCGGUGCUUUGGUUUCGGUUUAGGUUUAGCAUUCUGCGGCAGUCAGCAAGUAAUUGCGAGUCUUUCUUUGACUUUCCAAAUAAUGAACUUGUCAGUGAUUAAUCACUAAUCAGCUCCUGAAUUUCGUAGUCUGUUGGCUGCGAUAAGCUUUUUUGAAAGACUGGGAUCCCUGCUGCAAGAGGACAACUGUCGCCCUGUGGCGACGAUGCAUCGUCCUGCAAGUUCAUGGAGGGAUUGUACGACGACAGCGAUGUUCCCGAAUCCUGUACGCUUUGUCGAUGCUGCUCUUUCUCGAGGAUUUCUCUAACUUUACGGCCGUAAUAAGGAUGUAUCUGUAGCGUACGCGGAAUUCCUGAUCAUCCGCAGCGGGUCGACCAACAAUCAGAUCCGCGAGCGGCGUCCCUCGGAGAACUACCUGGCCAUGCGCAACAUCAGCGGCGAGCACGUUUUGAACGGGGACUUCAAGGUGGAGAGCGGCAAAUGCCAGAUGCUCAUUGCGGCCCGCGGGUACCCUCUUCACUUACUAUUGUGAGAGCCCCAUGUUUCCCCCGGCCGAAUUUCUCACGGCCCGCGGACGGCGGACCCACCACCGAACCGGUUGGCCAUUGCAAAUGGAUGCUGCAUCAGGAAGCCAACCCCGGUGUGUUGUACGAAUUCUACGCGCCCAGCGGCGCCAAUGACGUGCGCCCGCUGAGUUUCGAUCGCCUGGCUGGCGCGUUCCUACGGACCCUGCAGCUCCAGCUGCGGCGGCGGCCGGCAGAGUCGGCCGGUGGUGUGUGCCGCACCAUCGACUACGAACCGGUGGAAGACGAAUUAUGCGAUGCGCUGGUCAAGCCGCAGGCCAGUCGGCAGUGCAGUGUCGAUCCGUGUCCCGCAUUUUGGAAGGUGGGCGAGUGGGAGGCGUGCAGCGCCUCGUGCGGCGGCGGCACGCAGUACCGCAGCGUCGUCUGCGUGCAGGUUGUGGGCGACUACACCACCGUGGUGCCGGACGCCCAGUGCAAGGCCGGUCAUUCUGAACUGGAAGUGGCGAGGAAUUGCGACCAGUUCAAGUGUCCUAUUGGAAGGUCGGCGGGUGGUCACCGUGUAAUACAUGCGGUCAGCGCAGCCGGACGCGUCGCGCCGUGUGCACCUCCGAGAACGGCACCGUCUACCCGUUGUCCAUGUGCGCGUCGGCGGAGGAACCGGAACUGUCCGAUGCCUGCGAUAAUGCGCCGCCCUGCGAUGCCAUGUGGUUUUUCACGGAACGGAGCAAAUGUUCGAUCGGCCAUUUGCGGUGAAGGUGUGCAGACGCGCGAAGUCUUCUGCGGCACGGUGGACAACCGCAACGCCUCGCAGGUGGUCCGCGUGGCGACGGAUCUGUGCGAGGCCGGGAGGAAGCUGGAGGGGAAGCAGAAUUGCAAGGAGAACUUUACCUGCGACGGCCGGUGGUUCAGCGGGCCCUUGAUGCCGUGCACGCAAAAAUGCGGCGACGGCUCGAAGCGGCGGUACAUUAUCUGUCUGAAGAACGACAGCGUGUUGGAUUCGUCCAGCUGCGAUAAAGAGGAGAAGUCGACUGACUCCGAGGAUAGCAAUACCGAUCCCUGUGAUAAAGGCCAGCGGACGUCUAAAAAUGACGAUGUGGUUUUUCCCGAAAUAUUCGUAUAUCGAGCGUACCGUUUCCUAAAUGAUAUGACCUGAUGAUAAGUACUGUAGUGUUUUCGAAUAAUUAAAACAUAUCUAUAGUAAUUUUCUGUAACGCGCAGUAACAGGUAAUGAAAGUUGUACCUGCUUCAAUCGCUAUGCGGAAACAACGGAACGGGAGAAAGCAAUUUCUUUUCCACAUCAAUAUUUUAUUUUCAAGUUUGAAAAUUUUUUCUUGUCAGUUUAUUAAGAGUUUCAGGGGAUGUUUUGGGUUAAAAAUACUAUUUUCAUUUUAAAAUUUGAAUGCUUGGACGCGCUUGCUCUUUUGUUACGAUUUUUAACAAACAAUUUUAUCGAAUUCAGGGUCACUCAGCCAUUUCACUACGAAAUUCCUUAUUUUUGAACGAGUAUACGUCGUGGUGAGCGGCAGGCCUGACAAUUAUCGUCGUUAAAUCGUAAAUUAUUUCCACAUGUUAUGUUGUCGAAUGAAGUUCAAUGGGUUGUCAUCCGUAACAAUUACCGUUUUUUUUUUAAUUUUGUCACGCUGUACUGCAUUAACCAAACGCUGG